GGUCCCUUUUGUGUUUUCUUACCGUAAUAAGCAGACAAAGAAAGAAAGAAAAUUUGAUUUAGAAUAAGACAACUAGGCGCGGGAAUUACAAAUUUCUCGAGAUUCAGACCCAAAUCCCAAACCCUUUCUCAGUCACUCUCUUCUUCUUAUUGGGUUACCUCUAUCUUCUUCAUCUUCAUUGCCAUUUUUCAACAAGAAUCAACACUUUGCAAGAGGGAAACUAUUGAAAAUGCGUAGAUAUCUCAGCCCAGUUCUCAAAAUGGAACUGCAGAAUCUUGACAAAGAUGGGGACAUUCGUAGAUCUGCAAUGAAGGCAUUGAAACUAUGCAUUAACGAUCUUGAUUCCAACGCUAUUCCUCUCUUUAUCUCAAAGGUUUCUGAAGCAAAGAUGGGAAGUUCUUCUUCUGGAGAAUGCACAAUAUCACUUUAUGAAGUUCUAGCUCAUGUUCAUGGCCCAAAAAUCGUUCCUUAUAUUGAUAUCAUCAUGUCAACUAUUAUUACAACUUUGACAUCUAGCGCAGGAUCUAUUGCUCUUCAUCAAGCUUGUUCAAAGGUUGUUCCAGCAAUCGCUAGAUAUGGUAUUGACCCAACAACACCAGAAGAGAAGAAGAAAUCUAUCAUCUAUUCCAUUUCAAAGCCAUUAUCAAACUGUCUUUUAAAGAAUCAAGAAAGCCUUUCAUCUGGUUCUGCACUCUGUUUGAAAGCUUUAGUGGAUUCUGACAAUUGGCGGUUUGCUUCUUGUGAGACGGUGAAUGAGAUCUGUCAAAGGGUUGUUGGGGCUUUGGAGAAACCUACACUAACUAAUUCUCAUAUUGGGUUAGUCAUGGCUUUGGCUAAGAACAAUAGUCUGAUUGUUGAAGCCUACGCUAGAUUACUGAUACAAUCAGGCGUAAGGAUUUUGAAUGCUGGAGCUGUUGAAGGGAAUUCUCAGAAACGUUUAUCUGCAAUUCAAAUGAUUAACUUCCUUCUGAAGUGCUUGGAUCCUAAAAGUACUAUCUCUGAGCUUGAUUUCAUAAUUCAGGAGAUGGAGAAUUGUCAGUUAGAUCAAAUGGCUUUUGUCAAAGGAGCUGCUUUCGAGACUCUUCAGACUGCCAGAAGAAUAGAAGCUGACCCGAAACUCAGUUUUGGUGGAACUGGAAGUCCAUUCUCCAGCAGUCAGUCAUCGCCAGAGUCACAGAUUGUGGAAUCCAUUCCUUCUUACGACGCCUUUACUGAUUCCCCACUAUCUUCUGAGCUGAAUUUCAUCAGGAGAAACGUCAACUGUAAGAUAUGGAAGAAACAUGAGAAUGGAUCUUCAGAAUCUGUGUGUUCAACCGAAGAUGUGCCAACACCAGUCAAUUUAGAGCUGAACCAGAAAGGGACUUUUAACACAAAAGGGAAGGCGAAUAGGGAGUAUAAAUCGGUGACAGUUGUGAUCUGUAUUACCCUUUUUGUAGUGCUGCUUUCUGCACUUGUUGCUAGUUUCUUUAUCAUUGAUCAUGAGCAUGAUGGCAAUCUUAACAUCGUUCCAACAUGAUUUUAGGCAUGAUAGAAGCUGAUUUAGAGUAGUGAAUGCUUAUCUGAUAAUAAUCUCCAUCUUUUGAGGUUAUCUGAACUGUAUUGUACUGAUGGUAGAUGUCUUUUCUUUCCACUUGUAUUAAGCUUUUGUUUUCUCUAAUCACUUUACAUUCUUUCA